CAUCCCCGCGUCCAGUGCAGAAUACAGAAACUGCAGCCAUGACCACCCACGUCACCCUGGAAGAUGCCCUGUCCAACGUGGACCUGCUCGAAGAGCUGCCACUCCCUGACCAACAACCAUGCAUCGAGCCUCCACCCUCCUCCAUCAUGUACCAGGCUAACUUUGACACGAACUUCGAGGACAGGAAUGCAUUUGUCACGGGCAUUGCAAGGUACAUUGAGCAGGCUACGGUCCACUCCAGCAUGAAUGAGAUGCUGGAGGAAGGACACGAGUACGCGGUCAUGCUGUAUACCUGGCGCAGCUGCUCCCGGGCCAUCCCCCAGGUGAAAUGCAACGAGCAACCCAACCGAGUGGAGAUUUACGAGAAGACAGUGGAGGUGCUGGAACCUGAGGUCACCAAGCUCAUGAAGUUCAUGUACUUUCAGCGCAAGGCCAUCGAACGCUUCUGCAGCGAGGUGAAGCGACUGUGCCACGCUGAGCGUCGGAAGGACUUUGUCUCCGAGGCCUACCUCCUGACCCUGGGCAAGUUCAUCAACAUGUUCGCCGUCCUGGACGAGCUGAAGAACAUGAAGUGCAGUGUCAAGAACGACCACUCUGCCUACAAGAGGGCGGCACAGUUCCUGAGGAAAAUGGCGGACCCCCAGUCCAUCCAGGAGUCACAGAAUCUCUCCAUGUUCCUGGCCAACCACAACAGGAUCACCCAGUGUCUCCAUCAGCAGCUGGAAGUGAUCCCGGGCUACGAGGAGCUGCUGGCCGACAUUGUCAACAUCUGCGUGGAUUACUAUGAGAACAAGAUGUACCUGACCCCCAGCGAGAAACACAUGCUCCUCAAGGUGAUGGGCUUUGGCCUCUACCUGAUGGAUGGAAACGUCAGUAACAUUUACAAGCUGGAUGCCAAGAAGAGAAUCAAUCUUGGCAAAAUCGACAAAUUCUUCAAGCAGCUGCAGGUGGUGCCCCUUUUCGGCGACAUGCAGAUAGAGCUGGCCAGAUACAUUAAGACCAGUGCUCACUAUGAAGAGAACAAGUCCAAGUGGACGUGUACCCAGAGCAGCAUCAGCCCCCAGUACAACAUCUGUGAGCAGAUGGUACAGAUCCGGGAUGACCACAUCCGCUUCAUCUCUGAGCUCGCACGCUACAGCAACAGUGAGGUGGUGACGGGCUCGGGGCUGGACAGCCAGAAGUCAGACGAGGAGUAUCGUGAGCUCUUCGACCUGGCCCUGAGGGGCUUGCAGCUGUUAUCCAAGUGGAGCGCACACGUCAUGGAGGUGUACUCGUGGAAGCUGGUCCACCCCACGGACAAGUUCUGCAACAAGGACUGCCCUGGCACCGCAGAGGAGUACGAGAGAGCCACGCGCUACAAUUACACCAGUGAGGAAAAAUUUGCCUUCGUAGAGGUGAUUGCCAUGAUCAAAGGCCUGCAGGUGCUCAUGGGCAGAAUGGAGAGCGUCUUCAACCAAGCCAUCAGGAAUACCAUCUAUGCGGCCCUGCAGGACUUUGCUCAGGUGACACUGCGUGAGCCAUUGAGACAAGCAGUACGCAAGAAGAAGAACGUUCUCAUCAGCGUCCUGCAGGCAAUUCGGAAGACCAUCUGUGACUGGGAGGGAGGGCGAGAGCCCCCCAAUGACCCAUGCUUGAGAGGGGAGAAAGACCCCAAAGGUGGAUUUGACAUCAAGGUGCCCCGGCGUGCGGUGGGGCCAUCCAGCACGCAGGCCUGCCAGUGGUCCCCGAGGGCUUUGUUUCACCCCACUGGUGGCACACAGGGCCGAAGAGGCUGCCGAUCCCUGCUGUACAUGGUGCGGACCAUGCUGGAAUCGCUCAUCGCAGACAAAAGUGGCUCCAAGAAGACCCUGAGAAGCAGCCUCGAUGGGCCCAUCGUGCUUGCCAUAGAGGACUUCCACAAGCAGUCCUUCUUCUUCACGCACCUGCUUAACAUCAGCGAAGCCCUGCAGCAGUGCUGCGAUCUCUCCCAACUCUGGUUCCGAGAAUUCUUCCUGGAGUUAACCAUGGGCCGGCGAAUCCAGUUCCCCAUUGAGAUGUCCAUGCCCUGGAUUCUGACGGAUCACAUCCUGGAAACCAAAGAACCUUCCAUGAUGGAGUAUGUCCUCUACCCCCUGGACCUGUACAACGACAGCGCCUACUACGCCCUGACCAAGUUCAAAAAGCAGUUCCUGUACGAUGAGAUUGAAGCCGAGGUGAACCUGUGUUUUGAUCAGUUUGUCUACAAGUUGGCGGACCAGAUCUUUGCUUACUACAAAGCCAUGGCUGGCAGCGUCCUGUUGGAUAAACGUUUUCGUGCAGAAUGUAAGAAUUAUGGAGUCAUCAUUCCAUACCCCCCGUCCAACCGCUAUGAAACGCUGCUGAAACAGAGACACGUCCAGCUGCUGGGGAGAUCAAUCGACUUGAACAGACUCAUUACCCAGCGCAUCUCUGCUGCCAUGUAUAAAUCCUUGGACCAGGCCAUCAGCCGCUUUGAGAGCGAGGACCUGACCUCCAUUGUGGAGCUGGAGUGGCUGCUGGAGAUCAACCGGCUCACACACCGGCUACUCUGUAAGCACAUGACUCUGGACAGCUUCGACGCUAUGUUCCGGGAGGCCAAUCACAAUGUGUCUGCCCCCUAUGGCCGCAUCACCCUGCACGUCUUCUGGGAGCUGAACUUUGACUUUCUCCCCAACUACUGCUACAAUGGGUCCACAAACCGUUUUGUCCGGACUGCCAUUCCUUUCACCCAAGAACCACAACGAGACAAGCCUGCCAAUGUCCAGCCUUAUUACCUCUAUGGAUCCAAGCCUCUCAACAUUGCCUAUAGUCACAUCUACAGCUCCUACAGGAACUUCGUGGGGCCCCCUCAUUUCAAGACAAUCUGCAGACUUCUGGGCUACCAGGGCAUCGCUGUGGUCAUGGAGGAAUUGCUGAAGAUCGUCAAGAGCUUGCUCCAAGGAACCAUCCUCCAGUACGUGAAGACACUGAUAGAGGUGAUGCCCAAGAUCUGCCGCCUGCCCCGGCAUGAGUACGGCUCCCCAGGGAUUCUGGAGUUCUUCCACCACCAGUUGAAGGACAUCAUUGAGUACGCGGAGCUCAAAACAGAUGUGUUCCAGAGCCUGCGGGAAGUGGGCAACGCCAUCUUGUUCUGCCUCCUCAUAGAGCAAGCUCUGUCUCAGGAAGAAGUCUGUGAUUUGCUCCACGCUGCACCCUUCCAAAACAUAUUGCCUCGAGUCUACAUCAAAGAAGGCGAGCGCCUGGAGGUCCGGAUGAAACGUCUGGAAGCCAAGUAUGCCCCACUUCACCUGGUCCCUCUGAUCGAGCGACUGGGCACCCCUCAGCAAAUCGCCAUCGCUCGGGAGGGCGACCUCCUGACCAAGGAGCGGCUGUGCUGUGGCCUGUCCAUGUUCGAGGUCAUCCUGACCCGCAUCCGGAGCUACCUGCAGGACCCCAUCUGGCGGGGCCCGCCACCCACCAAUGGCGUCAUGCAUGUGGACGAGUGCGUGGAGUUCCACCGGCUCUGGAGCGCCAUGCAGUUCGUCUACUGCAUCCCCGUGGGGACCAACGAGUUCACAGCUGAGCAGUGCUUCGGUGAUGGCUUGAACUGGGCCGGCUGUUCCAUCAUCGUCCUGCUAGGCCAGCAGCGUCGCUUUGACCUGUUCGACUUCUGUUACCACUUGCUCAAAGUACAGAGGCAGGACGGGAAGGAUGAGAUCAUAAAGAAUGUGCCCCUGAAGAAGAUGGCCGACCGCAUCCGGAAGUACCAGAUCUUGAACAAUGAGGUUUUUGCCAUCCUGAACAAGUACAUGAAGUCCGUGGAGACAGACAGUUCCACCGUGGAGCAUGUGCGUUGCUUCCAGCCACCCAUCCACCAGUCGUUGGCCACCACUUGCUAGGCAGAAGGUCCCACAGACCUCGACCUGGCAGAGGAGGAGAACAGGAUGGAGAAAGCCACCGCCAGCCUGCCACAGGAUCCGACUGGACGGCGUGUGGGAUGGACCUGGAAGCAAACAAGCCCCUCCCCAAGCCCAUCCCACCACGCCCAGGGCUGGGCCUGUGCAUGCUCUCCCAUGACAUCCCCAUGGUGGGUUUGCCAUAGCAUCAAUGAAAAAAAAAAAAAGGAAACAGGACAGUGUGUGCUUUUUUUUUUCUUUUUGCACUCACCUGUAGAAAGGGCUCCUAGUUUCACCCUUUCUCCAUCCUGUAGUCCCACCCAUCUGUGGUUGCUUCCCAAGGCCUUGACCGCCUACCCUGCGCCUACAUAUGACCCAGAACUGAAGUCUCAGACUGAGGGAAGAGUGUGGCCAUACCCAGAAAUGUCAACCUGGCCUAAAGGUCAUGCCUCAGUUUACCACUCCUUCAUUUCCUGUGGUUCUGCUCCAGUCCCCCGGGUGGCAUCUCCUGCCUCAGGUGUCAGGGGUUCUAUCACAAGGCUCCCCCAAAACUCCCUCCUGAUGCCCCUCUUAGGGCAGUCCCCAAGAAAGACCAGCAAAGCUCCCAAAACUGCCUCUCCCUGAGUGAGUUGAGGUAGAGGGAUGGCCAGAGUUGUAGGGUGGAGACAGCAGGUGUGAACGCAGCCAGGAACUCCACAGAAUGCUUGAGGCCAUCUCAGCAGCACCAUAGUGAAGUGGUUCCUUUAUUCCUUAAGCAAAUUCUUAGCACCAGGCCACACUGGAAGUGCAGCACCAGCAACCAAAUUAGGGACCACUUCUUGGCACAGAAUCUUCAUAAAGGAAAACUCCCACAAGAAAGAAAAUAUUAAGUGGUUAUUUUCACAGAGGCCAAACACUUCUUGGGGACAUGAAAGUAAAGAGUAAAAAUAAGACUUGUCAGUGAGCUUUGAGUACCAAAAUACACCCCCAAUGAGAAGUCCUAUGUUAAUGAAUAAGAACUUUGAGUGUCCCAGAUGCUGAAGAUUCUCGCAACAUUCUAUCUUUUGCUGUCAACUCCCUGUACUCUGAAUGCUCUUUAAGUUAGACAUUGGGGUAUGGCUUCUCUCACAGGGGUAUAUUUUUUUUUCCGUUUUCCACACUGAACCAAAAGGCCUCUGCAGAACUACCCACCAUGUGGGGAGGCCGUGGAGGAAGACAGAACCUUUGGGAUAUAAAUGCGGUAUUACAGAGCACAUCAUUGUCCAAGGGAGUCAUUGGCCCUUAGCUUUUAAGAACAUAUAAAAUGUGACAUUUGAUACUUCUCUUCCAGCCCAGGGAGGAAAAGAAGAUAGAAAAUGGCAAGAACAGUAACUCUCCCUCCCCCAGGGCAGGUGAAUGGAAACGUUGCCUUUAAUCGGAUGGUCUGUGUUUAACCCCAUGGAAAGUACGAUUAGUACAGUUGAAUGUGUAGCUUUCUGGGCCACACAUCAAAGCUACUAAUUCUGAAUCUCUAAGAGUGGGCCAGGAAAUCUGCAUUUCCCACAAGCUAUCUGAGUUAUUCUGUUCCACAAAGUUUGAGAACCACUGUUGCAAAGGAACCCUUCCGCUAGCCUUGGGCUUUGAGCUUCCUCUAAGCCGUGAAAGAGUAUCUGUAGGAAGAUGGUUCAGAGAGGAUGCUGGCUGUUCCUCCUGUCUGGAGCUGCUGCAUUCUAUUCUGAUUUCUUAUCUGUUUCCUCUUGAUGACCAUAGAUGUGUUCCAUGGGCAAAAGAGAUGGGUUAGCCCACAUGGCAAGCUACAUGGGAGAUCAUGCCUUUAAAACCCACAUUAAAUCGCCUAGCUCAGAGCCUCUGCAUCUUAAGCGCUGAGGUCAGCUGCUGGCUCUCUCCGAUAGACUAGAUUCAUUCCAAAUUCCUGACCAUUGCUUUGUGGGGAUCUGGGUCUUCCAUUUAAUGAGAUUGCUGUUUCAACAACCCACUCCUCCCACCCUGCAUUCAUAAUCCUGUACCUGACCCUCUGGGCAGAGUCACAAGGUCCUCAAGAGGUUUGAUCCCAGUAAAUUAAGCUCUUUCCUCUCAGCAGAGAGAUUUCAUUUCCCUGCCUGGCGGCGGCACUGAUCUCUAAACACCAGACAAGUUUAAUAUUCUUUCCUUCCUGGAAUUACUGCCCACCCCCACCUUUUGAUUUUUUUGUGUGUCUAACAACCAGAAUAAAUAAAGUGCUUAGGUUUUAAAAAGUUAAAAAAAAAAAUCUGUUUCAGAAACUGUCAAAUGUAUCAUAUUUGUAUUAAGAGUUGUUGGGGAUUUUUGUACAAUGAAUUUACAUUUAUUUAUGGUGACAUAUUUACGGUUGUGAUCAAAUGAUGUUAAAUUCUUAAAUCAUAUUUGCUAUGCAGCUGAAGAUGAUAUUUUGAUUUGUAUUUUGGGGGGGGGUACCUGUGUUGAGUCGAUAAACAUUACCAUCUCCAUUAAAACUGCUUCCAAACAAGUAAAACCAGCAA